AUGGCGGACACAGCGAACAAACGUAUUUUGCUCAUCUCCUUGGGCCACAAAGAUUUCUUCGACGACAUGUUCGAAAGCCUAUUGGCUAGGCUGUCGACCGACGCGAAGUUCAAGCGCGCCAAAACCAGCAACUCAGCCUUGCGCUUUCUCGGAAACGACCCGCCGCCCAGAGCAGUCAUCGUCACCGACUCGGCAUUGAUUAAGCACGAGCAGAUGCUGGUCCGAAGCCAUGUCUUCAGAUACAUCCGCAACGGCGGCACAGGCAUCUUCAUGGGACACUUCGCGUCUAGCGUGAAUCCGCCCGACCUCCAAAACUUUUUUAAUCAGAUCGAUCUGCCUUGGGAGGCAGGCUCAUACAAGCGACUUACCCAUAGGCUAACGCACACGCUGAAUCCUCAAGUCUGGGAACCUUCGCCUGGCGCCGUGGCGCUCCCUGCGCAGUACCCCCAAAAGGCACUGUUCGUCAAAAACGUCAGACCAGACCAUGCGCUGUAUCAGACGACCGCGAGUUCACCGACCGAGGCGCAAGACGUCGCCCCCGAGAUUCUUCACGAUCCUAACGAGGCGGCUGUGGCUGUUGCUCCAGUGGGAGACGGAAUAGCCGCGUAUCUUGGAGACCUGAACGGUGAGCCAGAGAUGACCACCGUAACUCUUGCCCUGUGUGGGCUUCCAGCCGGGGCCUGA